AUGGGGAUGGGGAUGACGACGAUGACGAUGAUGGUGACUACAACUACGCUCUGGCUGCAUGAUCGGAAGGUUUUGGUAAUGGAAAAAAAGGUUGUAAUGUUGUUAAUGCUGAUCGAAGGAUCGAAGCUAUUGGCUUUCAGGUCGAUCACCAACUAUUUGAAAGUUGAUAUCCAAUCCCUGAAGAUUUCAAAGAGGCAGCCUAUAUCAUCUUCAUGUGAGAGUACAGAGAACAGAAUCAUGCCUAUCAAAAGGCUUGAUCGUAGAGGGUCACUUGCCAUCAGGACCAUCUUGCUUCUUGUUAACCAUUUCCCUAUCAAUUUUAACCCAAAUCAGUAUCUAAAUCUAAUUUGCAUCUAA